CCGUACGUCUCGUGACACUGGUGGGGCGGUGUGAGAAUUUUUGCAGAUUUUUGUGGAUGAAUCAAAAUUUCGCAGAUUAAAUAUCACAUAAAUCAUAAAAUGAGUACUUCUGAGUUGAAAACAAUCACCGUGAUUGGCAGUGGUCUGAUCGGCCGCUCCUGGGCCAUGAUCUUUGUCAGUGGAGGCUAUCGUGUGAAUCUCUACGACAACCAGCCAGAGCGUGCAGCCACCGCCAUCGCAGAGAUCAGGAAGCAAUUGGAGGAGCUGGAGAAGAACCACAUGCUGAGAGGGCAGCUGAGCACCGCGCAGCAGCUUGCUCUGCUCAGCAGUUAUGAGGACUUGGCUCAGGCACUGGAGGGAGCCUUUUUUGUCCAGGAGUGCAUAUUUGAGCAGCUUGAAGCCAAGCAGCACAUCUUUCAGGACAUAGAGCGUCUUGUGGGUGAAGACGUCAUUCUGAGCAGCUCUACGUCCGGCCUGGUGCCAAGCAGUAUUUUCUCUAAAGUUCAGAACAGAAGUCGCUGCAUUGUUUCUCAUCCGGUAAACCCACCCUACUACGUCAAACUGGUCGAGCUGGUACCUCACCCAAAAACCGCAGCCACCGUUAUGGACCACACCUUUACUCUCAUGACCAAGGUUGGCCAGGCACCCAUCCGUCUGAGAAGAGAGAUUGAUGGCUUCGCCCUUAACAGAGUCCAGGCUGCCAUUAUUGCAGAGUCCUGGAGGCUGGUCCAGGAUGGUGUUAUCUCAGUAAAGGACAUUGACCUGGUGAUGUCAGAAGGAAUGGGAAUGCGUUAUGCAUUUAUCGGCCCCAUGGAAACAAUGCAUCUAAAUGCACCUGAAGGUUUGGAAGACUACAUGAAGCGUUAUGGGGAGGGAAUAACCCGGAACCUGACUUCCUUUGGGCCAGUACCUAACUUUUUUGGAGAAGAAGCCAAGAGCAUUUUUAAGGAGAUGUGUGAGCUGAUUCCCAGUGACCAGCAGCAUCUGUCAGCCAGGAGGGACAGGAGAGACCAGCUCCUUUUGGGUCUGGCCAAGCUGAAGAAGGACCACUGAGAUCAGCACAAAGGACCCAGAACCACAAACACUGAAGACUGAAAUUAUAGAAACCUUAAACGUUUUUCUUUGUUUUUAAUCUGGCAGAUAAAUAAUAAUAAAUAAAUAAAGUGCUAUGUGUUGUCAUCAUUGUAUGUUCCCAUACAAACACUGCAUUUAAUCCAUCAUAUCUGGGAUCCACCCAGGAGGAGCAGUGGUGCUUGGGGAGCAGUUAGGGAUU